AUGGCAUGUCAAAUUUCAAAUACGAAAUUGAAGAAUGUUAUGCAAACGGUUAUAAGCGUUAUAAAUUUCGUUCGUGCCCGUGAACUUAAUCACCGAAAAUUUAAAGAAAUUCUGCAGGAAUUGCAAGCUUGUUACAUUGAUGUUCUCCUACAUACUGCCGUCAGAUGGCUAAGCAAAUUAAAAGUGCUGGAACGGUUUGUCAAUUUAAAAUCUGAAAUUAUUUUAUUCUUACAACAAAGUGGCAAAAAUUAUCCUGAACUUGAUGGUGAUGAAUGCCAAACUGCAAUUAUAAAUAUAAAUGAACUCGAAGAUCUGUCUAAUUUUCCAACUGUUGCUAUGCUCCGAUCAGGCUUAACUGUCGCCGAAACUAUUUACCAAAAUGUGAAAGAAUAUUUGGAAGCCUAUUUGGAAGAAAUAAAAAACAUAUUUGCAGAUGUUGGAAAUAUUCGAAGCUGUUACAUUCUCCAUGAUACACAGCUUAAGGCUCUGUUUAUAGAACAUCGUGAAACACAACAGUACACUGAAUUUUGGAAAUGUGUGCCUAACAAUUAUAAAAAUUUACGAGACUGUGUACAGUUCAUUUUAACACUAUUUCCUUCAACUUACCUUUGUGAAGCUUCAUUUUCAAAAAUGAAGUAUAUGAAAAAUAAAUAUCGUAAUCGGUUGUCCAGUCAUUUAGAAGACGCAAUGAGGAUUGCAUGCAGCCCAGACGACGCAGAUAUAGACGACAUAGCCAAAAAAGUUCAACACCACAAGCCACAUUAA